AUGGAUGAUCAAGAACAGAAAGAGAAGAAUUUAACCAAACAGAAUAGAUCCUAUGGCAAACAAGAACGCGCCUCUCUAAAACAAAAAUUUAAUACUAAAUUGUCAAGUGUUUAUCAAAAGAUUCACAGUGUAACGUCCUCCAUUAGUGCAGAGAGUAUUUUCGACAAAUACAAAGAUCAUGCAAAGAAGUUGUUGCUCUGUGGACGAACUGGAAUUGGAAAAUCAACGUUUUGCAAGUAUGUUACUUAUCGUUGGGCAAAAGAUGAAAUAUGGUCCAAGUACGAACUAGUUGUUCUAAUUUGUUUACGUAAUUUGACAAGUGAACGGUAUUCGGCGGAUAUUGAAUACACACCAAUACAUCUAUUAAAGACUGAAUACUUAUACGGUAAAGACUUAUCAAACGAAACUUAUGAGCUUUUUGAUCAGCAAUGCAAUGAAGGUAAAAUUCUAUGGAUCUUGGACGGCUACGAUGAAUUUCAGGCGAAUGGUCCACAAAACUUAAAGAAAACAGUCGAGCUCGUCACACAGCAUGAUUAUAUAGUAACAUGUCGACUGCAGAAUUUUCCACUAAUGUCUGAUGUGAAAAUGGAAAUGAUAGGCUUUAUUGAUGAUGAUAUAUCAAGGUAUGUGGCGCAAUUUUUUGAACAGAUUGACAAAAAGUCAGAACAACCGCCCAAAAAUACUUCUUUCAAGCAAGAAGAGCUCGUGAAAUUUUUACGUCGACGUCCUAUGUUAUGGGAUGUUGCACAUAUACCUCUAUUACUAGAGUUGAUUUGUAACUUUUGGGGCAAUAGAGACUACCAACUUCAGACAGAUGAUUUUACGAUAACUACGUUAUACACACAUUUGAUCCAACAAUUAACUGAGAGAUAUUUAAGGGGAAGAAAAAAUAGUAAGAAAGCGAAUAAUACCUCAGCUAAAACCAGCGAUGCUUUUGUAAAAAUAUUACUGCAAUUCCAUGAAACAUUGGCUUUUUACGCCAUGUCAUCUAAAGAAAUGACAAUCCCGCCCGAUAUGUUCGAAAAAGCUCUUGAACAAAAUAAAUUAUCCUUACAAAACCAUGUAGAACUAUUAUCAUUUGGCAUUCUGAAAGCAUUUGAUCCGAGCAAUGUUAAAAGUGAUGACUUAGCUAAACAAUCGCAUUAUUUUCUUCAUUGGAGUUUUCAAGAAUUUUUUGCUGCACGAUACAUGGUUCGACAGCUCGACUCUAGUAAUUCAAAACAAGUGAUCGAUUUCAUCAAAAAAUACAAAUAUGAUCAGCAACUCACUCCCGUCUUGAUAUUUACUUCUGAACUAUGUGUCUUAGAAGAUCAGAAAGAAAUAACUACACUUUACUCCAUCAUCGACGACACACCAAGGGAUCUAUUAGGACUACAGCAUACAAAACUACUUAUUGAAUGUUUCGGUGGAACGUUUAUUCAUCUCGAACCGCAGAAAAAGAGCAAUUUCUUUGACUUAACCAUUGAAUGGCUGCAAAUUUCUAUCAUGGAUCCACACUAUACGGUUAUUGAUCAUCUUAAAUCUUCAUUGAAACGACAACCUAGACUACUCGAAGAGGAAAAGAUACAAAACACAUUUAUUUCUCUCUUAUCAAUCGAUGAUAUAAAGACACUUUAUGAAACACUCAGACUUAUAUCAAUGCUACCGUUUCAACAACCAUCAAAGCUACUCGUCCAAAAAAUACAAAAAACUUGUUCGCAUGAAAGUAACGAUAUCAAGGAAGCAGGAAUAAUAGUACUAGCUCAUCUUGUCGUCACAGCUAACGAAAAAGACAGCGUUCGAAAGCUGCUCCUAGAAUUAUUACAUGAUAAAGAAGCAAACAUACGACAGUUGGCAUGGGAGGCUCUUGGUGAAAUAGGUAAAAAAGUAGAGUGGACUGAACGUAUUGUUGAAGAAAUACGACAAGGAUUGAAUGAACAAGAUGACGACGUUAGAGUAGCGGUUUGUCAUGCUCUCAUCAGUCUUGUUGCAAAGACGGAUUGUGACGAAGAAAUACUAGUUGGGUUAAGUGACACACUUAUGCAUAAAAAUGAAAUUGUCAAAAUAGCAGCCUGUGAAGCUCUCGCUUACAUAGGUGAAAACACAGUGGAUAAUCGGCAAGCCAUGAAAGGUUUGGAAAAAUUACUCAGUGAUCCUAAUGAUGAUGUGAGGAAAAGUGCCUGUGAAGCACUCGGUAAGAUAGGUGAAAGAGCACUGUCGAAAAAACAAAUCAUAAAACAACUGGCCAUAGCAUUAAGCGACCCAACUGACGACGUGCGGCAAAGUGCGUGCGAAGCCCUUAGUAAACUGGGUCAAGAAGUAGUUGAAAACAAGGAAGCAAUGGCUGGACUCGGCAGGCAACUUAGUGAUCAAAGCGAUCAUCUUAGACUUAGUGCACAAGGAGCCCUCAAGAAGUUAGGUGAGAAAGCAGCAUCGAAUGAGCAUAUAGUGUGUGAACUGAUCAAAGCCCUUACCCACGAAAACGACGUUGUCAAAAUAGAAGCCUGCAGAGCCAUAGCCCAAUUAAGCAAACAAGUAUUGUGGGACACACAAACUGUUGCCAAACUUGAAGAUUUGCUAAGAAAUUCGAAAGACGAGGUGAUAGUAGCGGCUUGUCAUGCCCUCCACCAAAUAGGCGAAAGGGCAACAUCCAACGAAAAAGUGAAAAGUCGACUAGUGGACUUACUUAGCCAUAAAAGUUAUCAGGUACGAUGCGGUGCCCAUACGGCCCUGAAUGCAAUUGUUGAAAAAGAAGCAACUACCGAACUAGUAAUGGAUCGCCUAACGAAAAUGUUGGGCGAUCCAAAUAUUGACUUCAAAAAAGCGGCACUUCAUGGGCUUGAGAAAAUCGGUAAAAAUGCAGAAUUAAAUGAAAAUGUCAUGUCCGGAUUGUCAGCUGCACUGAAGGAUUCAAAUGAUGAGCUUAAAAUUUUGGUUUGUCGUGUUGUUAGUGGAAUUGGUGAGAAAGUAGCAUCAAGUGAAAAACUCAUGAAUGCACUGGCAGAAGCAAUAAAAGAUCCGAACGAUGAAGUCAAAAUAGCAGCUUGUCACGCUGUCAAAAAAGUUGGUGGGAAAGUAGCAUCGAAUGAAAAAGUCAUGACCAGUCUAGGAGAAACGCUUUUCAAUAAGGAAGAUAUAAAAAAACUGAGCUGUGAAGUUCUUGUCAAUAUCGCUGAAGAGGCAGUUCGCAAUAAUACAAUAUUUGCUCAACUGGGGGAAGCAAUUUGUCAAUGGAAAGAUAAUGCGCUUACGGCUGUGAUUUACGUUCUUGAAAUCAUCAGUGGCAAAGCAGCACUUGAUCGAGAAAUUCUUAAUCAACUCGGUUCCGCACUUAGUCACCAGAACGAUGGAAUUAUCAUAGCGGCUGGUCAUUCACUUGGUGUGUUAGGCGAAAAAGCAGCUUCGGCUACAGGAGUCAUGAAAGGUUUCUGUAAGUCUCUCACUUGUAAGAACACAGAAAUUAGAAGAAGGACAUGUGGACUUAUCUGUGAAAUGGGCGAUAAAGUAACAUCGAAUAAACGAGUCAUAACUGCAUUAGCAGCAGCACUAAGCGACGAGAACGACGAGGUCAAAAUAGCAGCCUGUAAAGCAGUGGGUGAGCUCGGUGAUAGAACAGUAUCUGAUGAACAUAUCAUGACUGCAUUAGCAGCAGCACUGAAUGACGAAAACGACGAGGUCAAAGUAUCAGCCUGUGAAGCGUUGGGUAAGAUCGGUAAUAGAGCAAUAUCGAAUGAACAAGUCAUAACUGCAUUAGCAGCAGCACUGAGCAACAAAAACGGCGAGGUCAAAAUAGCAGCCUGUAAAGCAGUAGGUGAUAUUGGUGCUGAAGUGACAUCAAAUGUAGAGAUCAUGAUUGCAUUAGCAGCCGCACUACGUGACGAGAAUGGCGAAGCCAAAACAGCAGCUUAUGAAGCAGUGGAUAAGAUGGGUAAUCGAGCCGUAUCGAAUAAAAAAGUAAAGAAAGCAUUGCUGAAAGCACUAAAAACUCCAAAUUCUGAAGUCCAAAUAAUGGCUUGUAAAGCGCUCGGCAAUAUACGGGAAAGAGUAACAUGCAACGAAGACAAUAUGGUUAAUGUGCACAUGCAAGUGGAUGUGGAGAACGAGGACAAUACGUAUGUGACUGAAUAUGACCUAACUAUACCGAGAGAAGGGUUGCGUAGCAAAGUCGUGGGUGGACUCGUGCAUGCAUGCAAUGAUCAGCAACCGAUUGUAAAGCUUAAUGCUUAUCUAGCUCUUGUAGAGGUACACGAAACAACACUGCCCCCUAACAUCCACGGGUGCACGCUGAUGCGUCAUUCUGCCGAGUACAUCUCCUUAGAAGAUUUAGAGCCAAUAAUUUCCAAUGAGUUGAUUGAUGAGGUUAGAAGCAUAGGAAUACUUAAUAAAGAAAUCGUGUGCAGACUUUGGGAUGCAAUUAUUGAUCCGGACCACAAUAUUAGAAAAUUGGCAUGUAAUCAGGUUGGAAUGAUAGCUGAAAUAGCAGCAACGAAUGAACUGAUCGUAGCUGGAAUAAAGAAAGGAUUGCAUGACCCAGACGUAUCCGUUACAGUAGCGGCUUGUCGAGCCUUUGGUAAGAUGUGUGGAAAAGCAUUAUCCUAUCAAAAAAUUAUGAAUACACUGUCUAAAUUACUCCACGAUAAAGUAGCUUUCGUGAGAAAAUCAGCACUAAAAGCUCUCGUAGACAGUUGUGAAAAGCCAAUCGCAAAUGAAAACCUAAUCGCUAUUCUGGUCAAAGCCUUGAAGGAUCGUGAACAGAUUGUUCGAGAUUAUGCCAGCGACGUUCUUGAUAAAAUUGCUGAAGGGAUAGCUACGAAUGAACAUGUCAAGAUUGGACUCGCAAAAAAAAAGUGGGAUGAAAUGUACAAUAACAAAUGGCGUAAUCUCUUAGCAGUGACCAUUGAUAUUAAUCCACUGAACAAUUCUGAACGCACAAUUCGCCAAUUUAGGGAACCAAAACUUUACGCACGCCGUUGUAUGCUGAAGGAAGUUUGUUAUCUGCCCGAGCCAAUUUGCAUACGUCAGACAAUGUUUGAUCGCGAAAUGUUAUUUUGCGAAGGGUCUGUUUGGAAAAUUGAACGCCGAAAGUGCAUCGAUCGAAACCGCAUAUAUCAUCAACUCCGUUGGAGCGUCGAGAACGGAGAAGAAAUCACUACCGAAGAAUUCGACAAGCUGAGUACAUUUCUCAGCAAUGAAGAUGAAACUCUGGUAAUAGAGGCGUGUGAAGCCCUGGUUGAGAUCGGCGAAAAAGCAGUUUGCCAUAAACAAGUCAUGAGCAAACUGUUAAAAGCAUUCAGUGAUCAACGAGACUGUAAGAUUUCGUGUCAACAUCGCUCUUCAGGAAAUAGCUAA